AGAGGAGCAGAGAAAGAAACCAGGAGAGUGAGAGAAAGAAGGAGGUAUAGGCAGUAAGGGCUGGAGAGAGAAAGAGGGAAGAAAGGAGGGAGAGAGAAAGAGAGAUCUCGAUUGGAGGGGAGAAGGACGGAGAGAGCCAGAGGGGAGAGCAAGCGAGGGAGGGAAGAAGGCGGUGAGAGAGGCGGGGGCCUCGGCGGGGUGGAAGGAGGGAGGAGUAGGGCGGGGCACGGAAGCCCCAGCAAGGGACGAGACUCCAACUCUGACUUUCUGCCGCUCUCGCCUUCUCCCCAUACAGACUCAGGAGUCUGGGCCCUCGGCCCUCGUCUCCAUCACCCCCAGGAGUCUGGACUCAGCUCCCUUCAACACCAGGAUUGGAGCAUCCCACCCACCCUUGUGCCAAUCUCUUCAAACAGUCAUCUCCUGACACCCCCCAGCCCAGGCUUCCACAGCAGCCAUGUCACUCCUUCUGCUGGUGGUCUCUGCCCUUCACAUCCUAAUUCUCAUCCUGCUUUUCGUGGCCACUUUGGACAAGUCCUGGUGGACUCUCCCGGGGAAGGAGUCCCUGAAUCUCUGGUAUGACUGCACAUGGAACAAUGACAACAAAACGUGGGCCUGCAGUAAUGUCAGCGAGAAUGGUUGGCUGAAGGCGGUUCAGGUCCUCAUGGUGCUUUCCCUCAUCCUCUGCUGCCUGUCCUUCAUCCUGUUCAUGUUCCAGCUGUACACCAUGCGGCGAGGAGGACUCUUCUAUGCCACUGGCCUCUGCCAGCUUUGCACCAGCGUGGCGGUGUUUACCGGAGCGCUGAUCUACGCCAUUCACGCCGAGGAGAUCCUGGCGGAGCGCCCGCCGGGGGGCAGCUUCGGUUACUGCUUCGCCCUGGCUUGGGUGGCCUUCCCCCUCGCCCUGGCCAGCGGCGUCAUCUACAUCCACCUGCGGAAGCGGGAGUGAGGGCCCCGCGUCUCGCUGCCGCCCCUGCCCGCCCCUCGGUCUCAGCCCCGAAGCCCCCGCCCCCGGCCUCCUCCAGAAAAUAAAACCGUUUAACCGCC